AUGAAUUCCCUUUUCAACUCUGCAUUGAAGCAGUCAUCUGCUAUUCGCCGGGAUCUGGACAAGUUCGCGCAAUCUCCAGCAACCUCCUCAGCUGCCCUUCAAGGUCAAAUAGCUGCGUCCUUGGCCUCCCUAUCGCGAACUGUCGAUGACUACUCAGCUCUGUCGAAGAAAGAGCUGAUUCCGGAGAAGCAAGAAAAGGCCUUUGAUCGAGUUAAGAACUUCCGCAGCGAACUUGUGGAUUACCGCACACAAUUCGACCGACUGCGCAAAGAGCGAGAGGAUGCACAAUCAUCUACCAACCGCAGUGAACUUCUAGGCCGUCGACCACACCACGCCGCUACUCCCGAGAACCCCUACGCCCAAUCAAACCUCCCCCAGGCCUCAUCCUCAUUUGCACCAUCUUCCGGGCUAAGCUUUGGAGGUGGCCCUGGUGACCAGAGCCGCGAAAGCCAUGCGCUGCGUGAGCAAUCCUUCUUCUCCAACACAAACACCCAAUUGGACGACUUUUUGGAUCGAGGACGUGCAGUGCUGGCGGAUUUGGGUCAACAGCGCGAGGUAUUGAAGGGCACUCAACGCCGAUUAUAUAGUGUUGCUAACACCCUGGGUGUGAGCGGAGAUACUAUCCGCAUGGUUGAGCGACGCGCUCGACAGGACAAAUGGAUUUUCUGGGGCUGCGUGGUGAUUUUCAUUCUCUUCUGCUGGUUGGUCCUGCACUUCUUGCGGUGA